AUGAUAGAUCAUCUGCAACAAGUAAUCCACUGCUUCUCCGAUAACAACAACAAGAUCAGCAGCGCCAAUGACAAUCUCAUGUCUCCUCGAGAGGCCCAAUCCUUUUGGACGACUACUACUAGUAGCAGUAGCAGCGGUGGUACUGACAACAACAUGAAAGACAUUGUCCAUCGGUACGCUCCCGUCGGCUUGGAGUCUCAAUUCGAACAGCUCUAUAGUCUGUUGCAUCCCUGUUUGGUGGUUCACGAAAAUGAGACCAAUGCCGCUGCCUUUUUGUUGGGGCAGCGGGGCAUGGGCAAAGGACUCUUGGUGGAGCGAUGUCUGCAGGCCCUCCAAGAUGAACUCACGUUUGCUCCUUCUUCUACCAACAAGAAGAGCAACAAAAUGCAACACUUUCGAGUCGUCAAGGUACAUGGUGUCCUCAUUCCAGGAAAUGAUGUCAGUUUAGUCGUCAAGGACAUGUUGCAACAAUUAUCACAAAUGGUAUUGCAGCAGAGAAGAGAAGAAGAUCAGCAAAUGAAGAAGGACAAUACUACUACUACUACCGCUGCAUGCACCACACCACUACCCACCAAACACAAGAACCACGCUACUACUACUGCUACCGAUAGUUGUACUAGUACUAGUUUUGGUGACGAGCAAUCACCCAACAAACGCUUCAAAACGGGUAAUGGUACACCCACUGCCGCCGAACAAAUGCUCCGACUGCGCAUGUCCACGUUUGAAUCCAACCUACAACUCUUGUCACAAACACUCAAAUUGGCACGCGUCGAUCAAAUACCCAUUCUCAUUAUUCUGGAUCAAGUCGAUGCCUUUUUGGGUGGUGAUCAGAAUACUACUACAAGUAGAAGCAGCAACAACAACAGCAACCAUCAUCACAAUCUCCAACAACGAGAUCGACAAUUGCUCCUCUAUCAUUUAUUGGAUCGAGUCGCCACACAGGGAUCCAAUGUCUGUCUCAUUGGAAUGACGCAACAAUUGGCAUGGAGAAGUCAACUCGAAAAACGAAUCAAAAGUCGCAUGGAAGGAACGUCCAAGGAAAUUUUUGUGGGAGCAUGCCCCUCCUUUUCGGCAGUGACCAAUGUACUCUUGUCUCAUUUUAAUGUCGCGACACAACAACAACCAUGUCUACACGAACAAGUGGCGCGCAUUCUGACGCCUCCCCAAAAGAAUAAUGCUGCUGCUGGAGUGGAACUCACAGUGUGGCAAACCUUGGAACGAGAAUAUCGCAUGGGCAAGAACAUUCGUUGGUUCAGUCGCAUCUUUACCAUGGCGCUGGCACUGUAUCGAGGAGACUGGAUCGAGUACAAGUGUCGACUGCGGAAACUGCAAGACAGUCAGCCGGAGCCACCUACGUUCCAUGCCAGCUAUCUCUUGGAUGCACUCGUUUCCCAAGGAGCUUCCAUUCCCAAUGUUCCAAAACAAAGCAACAACAAUAACAACAACAACAACAAGCGUAGCAGCAACAUUGUCAUUAUGACUGGUGGUGGUGGAUCCCAACAGCUACAAGCCAAGACGGCUGUGGAUCCUCGAAUUCAAGCACUGCUGGAUUUGUCCAUGCCACAAGUUGCCUUGAUUCUCUCCGCUCGAAGAAUAUUGGCACGGGAUGCCCAAUGGAACAAUGAAGGUCGAGGAGGAGCAGAAGGCAUCAUGCCAGCUCCACUCACAUUGGGGCGCAUGGUGCAAGAAUACGAACGAUUCAUCAUGAAUCAACAGUCGGGUGGCUGUACGUUUAGUCGGCAUUUACUGUGGAUUUCAUUUCAAGAACUGCUCCAUCUCAACUUGCUGCGACCGGCCAUGGAUCAUUGUGGAACGGGGCCCUUUCAAUAUGAUCACCAGCAACAACACUACAGUAGCUUGAACGAAGCCGAGGAUGUCCCAUUGCAUCUGCUGGUAGACGCUAACCGAGAACUCAUGGACGCAUUGCAGGAGUUGGACUGUACGACAGCAAUGCGUGAGUGGGGGCGGAAGACAAAUUAG